AUGGCGGCUCGAAAUCUUCUCAGGGCUGCUGCUUCAUGCAGACGAAAUCUCGCUUUCAGUACGACUUUUACUCGGAACCAAAGCAUAUUCACGAAGUACAGAGAACUGCCUAACGGUUUCCUAUUCAACGAGAAGGUAAGUUAUUGAAUUUUCCGCCAUCCAAGCACAAUUCAAUACUACUUCAAUAUGGCGUUUGUGAAUAUAUGGAAGUCAUAUUAUAUUCACUUCAAUAUGGCGUACCACCCAAAGGUUCUUGUAAUAACAAUAUUUAGCUGACUUCGCUCCUAAUAGUGAUGUUUUCUUUUAAGUAAGAAAAGUUUAACAACUUAUUUCUAAUUUUUUACUCUUUUUUUUUGCUUUUUGCGGUAAAGUUCAUCUGUAGAUGCACUGGUCUUGAUUUUUGAAGUUCAAAUGAACGACGUUUAUGUGCAUGUGAAUUCUCUUAGAUAUUACCUAGUUCAUUAUGCUUAUGAUGCAUUCGGUACUGCUUUUGUAUUUUGAAUUUACGCUUACAUUCUACGAUGUGUAUGCACUUUCAAGGCAACUGAUCAUGUAGAGGAUCAUGUGGAUGUAGGGAAGGAAAACGGAAAGUUUUCAAAGUGCCUUUCAUUUUGAUUAUGGAAAAAAUUAGCUCUGACAGCUGCCAUCCUCUGCAAUCUAUGCUACCGCGCAUUAAAGGAAUCAUCAACAAGGCAAAGAUGUAAUAGAAGCCAGCUACUUUAAAUACACAACAAUCGCUUUAAAAAUAGUUUUUAAAUAGGUUAAAUUUUAAGUUUAAAUAAGCAAUAUAACUCACGGUAUAUUAUUUAACCUUUUGAAAUUGUUAGUGCUCAUCAGUAUUUCAAUCGCUUUAUGUUGUCUAUCAUAACCUUUGGUAUGUAUUUUAUCAAAUGAAUAAAUGAAUCAAAUGAAUCAAAUAAGUUUUUCCAGGAUAUUUUAUCAAAAAUAGAAUAAAGACAUUGACAGAUUGUCAUAGAAUGUAAUCAUUAGAAUGAAAUAACUAUGUGAAAUGGGACCUAUGACAGAUUUUAAUUUAAUUAAGUUUAUACUAUAUUGUAGGAAAAUAAUUUUUUUUGUGAAAUAAAGGCACCAUUAUUAUUAUAUUAUUAUAGCUUAUGCAAAUUAUAUUGCAUAAGCAAUUGAAAAUAAAUGUGUUUGUCCUCGUUUGUAACUUCAUAUUUGACUGCCGUUAAAACCAGGAGCUUCUGCUUAUGAAAAUUAUGUUGUAUAAACAAUUGAAAAUAAAUUGAAUGUCUUUGGUUUCUAACUUCUUAAUUGACAGCCCUUAAAACCAGGAGAGAAGAGAAAAUGGGAAGACUGGGAAGAACCUUGGUACAGAUGGUGGGCUCUCAUUCUAGUGUCAAUUCCUGUUUUGUUCUACUACAAGCCUGAAACUAGGUAAGAUCAUUUCCAACUUUUGUCAUUUUUAAGAGUAGCCACUUCAGAACUGAACAAGUGCAUUUCAGCACCAAACCUAGAUGUGUUCAUUUCCUGACCUGUGUUGGCAAUUUAUGUCUUUUAGUCAAAGUGUGUGUGGGAAGUACAAAUAGUUGUUGCCCAGCUUUGUAGAUAUUUUUAUUUUCCGCUAGGUGAGAUGAUGUCCAACUUUUGUAGUUUUUUAGAGUACUCACCUCAGAACUUAACAAGUGCAUUUUAGAAAAAAACCUAGAUGUGUUUAUUUCCUGACUUGUGUUAGCAAUUUUUGUCUAUUAAGUCGAAGUGUUCAUGGUUUAACAAAUUCUUGUUGUUGAGUUUUGUAGUUAUUUUUAUUUGCCAUUUCUCUUAAAAGUUAGUAUUUCUCAUAAAAGUUAGUGUGCUGCACUACAUUCCACCUGAGUUUGACUAUAGCCCUGGACAAGGUACUUUUAGAUCAAACAGCCAAACAGUGCCUCUCAUCAUUUAUUUGGAAACUGUUAGUGACACUUCUUGGAAUGUUUCUUUCUUCCUUCUUAACCCUUUAACUACCACAAGUGACCAAGACAGAAUUUCUCCUUACAAUAUCAAUACAAUAUCAAGCAGACAAGUGAUGAGAAUAAAGAAAAAUAUCAGUUAGAGGAUUAUAAAAUGAUUUAAUACCAAAUUCUCCAAACUGACCUCACAAAAACUGUAUAGGAGAUAGUAAGGAGAAUUACUAAUGAGAUCUUGAGAGUUAAAGGGUUAUAGGGAUCAGAUGUAAAAUGAAGAUCAAUUUGAACCUGGUUGAUGGAAUACAUGUAUUUGCUUUGAAUUGUUGAUUGUUAAGAGUACUCUGGAUUACAUUCAUUUUGUGUUUGGAUUAAAAAACUGGCCACCAUCUCGACAAAUCUGAUGCAAGACUUAAACUUAUCUUAGCCAGAUCAUUUACAGUUUUCUUUUCCUGAUAAUGUCUAUAUGUUAAUUAUAACAGUGACUAUUUCAUCAAAUGUGAUUGGUGCAUUAGCUGUUUCAUUCUUCACUGAUCAUUCUGUACAGUUGUAAUUGGAUGGUGUAACUGGACAGGUGGCUGUAAUCAGACGCCUGUAAUCAAACCAGCCAAUCAUACUUAGUCCAGUCAGCUAAAUACACCUAUCACAGUAUUGAUAACAAUAACCAUAGCAAAUACUCAGACUUCUCUUUGGCUCUUUGUAAUCAUCUUUUAUUUAAUUGGAUGUUACAAUUAGUUCAGCCAAAAAUUGUUAUACUAGGAUAUUCUAAUAUUUAGGGGGGCCUUUUUUGUUUUUGUUUAGUUGAUUCAAUUGCUUUGUUCAUUUAAUCGAUAAAACUUAAUUUAAAAGUGUCUGAAGAGCUUAUCUAUAUUUGUAAACUGUUUAACACCUGGUAGUGAUGAACAUGUAACUUCUCCCUAUAAUAUCAAUACAUUAUCUAUGAAACAGGUAAAGAGAAUGUUCAAACUUAUCAGGUAGAAGUUGUUGUCUUGAUCUAACACUAAAUUCUUGUAACUGAUUUGCAAGGAAAUGUGUAGCAGUUAGAAGGGAGAGUUAACAAUCAGAUCUUGGGAGCUAAAGGGUUAAACAGACUCUUAUUUGAAAUUUUUUUAGACCUGAAGUAUGGGCAAGGAAGAAAGCGCAAGAGAUAGUAGCUGCUCGUGACGCUGCUGAUGCUGAGGCUGCUGCAAGGGGUGAAUCUGUGGAUGAAGGAGAAGACAUAGGAGAUUUUAAACUGAGUGAACUUAGAAGACUUCCCUGAAACAUGUUUGUUUGUUGUAAUUAUAUAUAUUUUUACCAGAAACAUUUGAGACAAUUAAUACAGUGAAUUUUGGCUAAUUGUGGCAAAAUGCAACUUCAGUUUGAGUAUAGUAACCUUUCCUUGUAAGUGGCUGUAAUCAUCUUGUGACUGGUUUUUAAAUCACAGUGUUCUAGUGAGCUGUAAUAGAUAUACCACCUGGUUUUUCAAAUUAAUUGAUACUACACUUUUGUUGGAUGAGAUAAUCACAGACUCGUCAUUUCCACUAGGACAUCUAUUAGGAAAUUUCAGGAAAGAGCAGCUAAUUGUUAAACUUGGCUUUACAAUCUUAAAAGUGCAAAGCAUUGGUCAACUUAGAUGUAUAAUGGGGUGAUGCAAAGCAUUUGCCUUUGUAUCUGAAUUUUCCAGUUUGUUGUUAUUGUUUAUUUCUGUGUAAAUACCACCCCAGGGGCCAGUUUCUAGAAGGUCCUGCUAACUUGACAGGCCCAUAAAGCUGUUCUGUUUUCAUUCAAAAUAAGGGUUUCAAAAAUUUUGAGAAUCAUGCAAUAAAAUUAGCUGCUUGAAAAACAAAAUUGACCGGUUAGGAUGCCAGAGCCUGCUUCUUUAUUCUUUAACUUUUGAUGUUUUAAUAUGUCUUUGGGCCCAUUAAGUUGCCGGGACUUUCAAGAAAUAGGCCCUUUCAGGUAAUCACAACUUGCCUCACAAUGUUGUGUGACAAUGACAAAACUGUGGUAAAAUGGAAGUUAUAUUGGCAAAGGAUAAUAUUUUACAUGUGAUCUUUAAUAAUGGGUCUGUUAUUUUGUUCAGGUUUGUUUUGAUCUCAAGGUAACAUUUGUAAAUAAAUGUGGUAAAAAUAGUGGAAGUACAGUCAAACCUGUAUUAAGCAGCACCACAUUAACCCUUUCACCCUUAAGAGUGACUGGCAUCUAAUUUUUUCCUCACAAUAUCACCUCUAAAUCACCCAUUAAGGUCUUGAGAAUAAAGGAAAUGGUCACCAACUAGAGAAGCUUUGGAUUGUUGCACACAUUCUCCUUGUCAGCACCUGAGGAAAUGUAUUGGGAACAGUAUGGAGAGUAUACAUACUGAUAUUAGGGUAUAAACAGCUAGGCUGUCAUCCUGUAGUUCAAAAAUAAUUUUCUCUAGACACUGUCAGAUAGGUCGAAGGUUGGACUUCCAUCUCUCAAGGCUUAUUUCAAGGUAUCAUAGUAAAAAUGUGUGAUGCUCACGUGGUUUUAUUUUACGCGAG